AGCGUUAUUUUAGGCCCCGGCUGUCGGCAGCGCGUGCUGUACAGUAGGACAGCUGAGCUUUAUUUUGCCUCCCAGCCGUGACACCACUGUAGUGCAGUUGGACCUGACGUCUAACAUCCACAGCAUCACACACUCCAACCAGCCGGUCACGGCGGCUUUACACGUGAGUGGUGGCACGAGCAGCUGGUUCACCACAACGGAGCCUGCCAGGAAUUGCUAAGGCUGGUUAGCAUGGCCACUGAUGACGACAGAUAAAGAGUUUUCCUGGAGCGCUGUGGAGCCAACCUGAGAGUGGCGGAGGAGUUGCUGAUGCAUUUCGGAUGGGACGUAUGUGAGAGGAGGAAAAUAAAACCAGGAAGCAAAAGAUCAAAACGAAUCAGAGGGGACGGCAAUAAGAGCCGCUUAUGAAAGACAACUCUGAGCAGCGCCCAGGCCGCAUCCUUCAUCCUCUCACCGUGCCACAAAAUCCCCAUCAAUUUCUGUCACAAUCCGUCCUCUUUUCCUGUGAGCCAUCCCUUUAUUCUCCCCUCCUUCAGAACAUAGCUGAACCCCCUUCUACAGACCAGUGAUCCUUGCAGCAGCAAAAAAAAUAAAAAAAAGAACAAGGGGUGACGAGACAAGCUGUCACUAAGCACAGGAGGGACCCUGACAGCUGCCUCUCACUUGAGCACAUGGGCUGUUAAUGAACAGAGAUGGCGGUGAGACUGGCCGGUGCCACCCUGUCCUCUCGACCACCCUCCCCCCCUCCGACGGCCUCUGCCCGGACAGGUUAAGGUCGGUCCAUCGGCAUCCAUCGCAGCAUCCGCAGCAGCUGGCUGAGCGUGGGAAGGAGCAGUAUGCAGGAAACUGACCUACCAGCUACAAAUGCCUUCAAAGAGUGCAAGUUCCACUGCACCAACGGGAAUUGCUUGCGUCUGGGCUCGCUGAUCUGCAACCAGCUGAAUAACUGUGGGGACAACAGCGACGAGGAGAACUGUCCCGUGGUGACCCAGCACCCUCCACCUGGAAUCUUCAACUCUGAACUGGAGUUUGUUCAGAUUGUCAUCAUCAUUGUGGUGAUGACAGUGAUGGUGGUGGUGAUCAUCUGCCUGCUCAACCACUACAAGCUCUCCACCUGGUCCUUCAUAACACGGCAGAGCCAGGCCCGCAGGCACGACCACGCCCUGCAGCAGGAUGGCUGUCUGUGGCCUUCAGACAGCGGAUCCCGACAAGGUGCCUCAGAGGUAUUAUACGCUCCCCAGGCCAGGGAUCGCUUCACUGCUCCCUCCUUCAUGCAGCGCGACCGCUUCAGCCGCUUCCAGCCCACCUACCCCUACAUGCAGCACCAGAUCGACCUGCCGCCCACCAUAUCGUUGUCAGACGGCGAGGAGCCCCCACCGUACCAGGGGCCCUGCACGCUGCAGCUCCGCGACCCCGAGCAGCAGAUGGAGCUGAACCGGGAGUCGGUGAGGGCGCCGCCCAACCGAACCAUCUACGACAGUGACUUGAUCGACAUAGGGAACGGCGGCGGCCUAGUCGGGGCCGGGGGGGGCCUGGGAGGAGGGGGCCCAAGGCCGCCCAGCAGUAACUCUGGCAUCAGCGUGGCCAACUCCUGCAGCCACGGGCGCAUGGAGGGGCCCCCGCCGGCAUAUAGUGAGGUGAUGGGCCAUUUCCCAGGCUCCACGUUCUUUUUACACCAGCACAGCAAUAACCAGAGAAUAGGGAGACCAGGGGAUCCGGGGGGACUGGGGAGCAGGACGAUCCAGCAGCAGGGCCAAUCAGAAAGCACAAUAGUACCUGCCAAGGCCAAGGAUGGCCAACCAGAGGACCUGGUGUGAGGAAUGGGGGAGUGGGGCAGGCAGGGGCCAAGCACCCCGGACUCAGCACCGUCUCCUAUGUUUACGGCUGACAUGGAAGCAUCAGCCUCUGUAUCGCUCUGUCGCUCUCAUGUCCUCUCUCCACACUCCCAUGCACAAACAAAUCUCGAUCCGAGCUACAGCAAAACAAGGAAGGAGAAACCCAGAGUUGAUUUAAUUUCACUUUCUAUCCAGCCGGCACCGCUGGGGAAUUUUGAUUUCCUUCUUCUCUUGGAGAGAGAGAGAAAAACUCUAGCUAGCACAGCCUUUGGGUUUUUUUCAUUCAGUGAAAGCUCUACGAUGGGGACGGGGGAGAAAGUUCCUAUUUUCUUUUGUCUUUUUGAUUUGCUUUUCGGACCGGGAUCUGUGCACAACGCGAGAACUGAGAACCCAGGACAUACAGAGAACACAACAAAAAACAAAACAAAAGACUCACAAACCCAAAUCUUAGUGCCAAGGUUCACGAGGAAGCAAAGCAAAGAUGGCAAAUAACAUCUUCUAACAUUCACAACACAACAAAAAGAAAAGUUCCCUAAAAGUUGCACUAUCUCUUUUGUCGUAAGAGAGGAGGGACAUGAUGUCAUGUGAUGCUGAUGUUUGUGUUUUCAUUUUAUUUUUGUUGCAGGGUUACUCUUUGCUUUUUGUUGUUGUUGUUUUUUUUUGGUUUUUUUUAAAUCAAGGGUUUCUUUUCAUGGAUGGACUGAACGACUGACUGAAAUCUCGCUCCAAAGUUGUCAUUAAAAAAAAAAAAAAAACGAGGAAAAAAUUGAACAAAAACUAACAAGUAUAAGCUUAUCUACAUCCUUUUCCGAAAAGCGCAAGAAAUCCUUGAAUCCAGCCUAAACCAUCUGUUCACACAACAGACACACUGAAACUUAGUAAGAGAAUAACCGUGUACUGCUUUACGUCUGCUUCCUAAUCCGGGAGAGAAAUCUGUCUUGUGACCAAGCAGUGAUGCUUCUUAAAAUCUUGACUAAAAAGAUUUUAGUCAGUUCUUGAACUGACCAUCAAUUUAAACCAAGCUUAAAGGGGCAGUAUUAUGUAUAAUCGACUCUUAUGAGCUUUGCGUCAUGCUGUAAUGUUAUUCCCUCAUCAAAAACAUACCUGGAGUUUUGCCUGGAUUCUUUCAUGAGUGUUUAAGAAAUUCUUUAAUCUCCAUGACAACCAUUAAGCUAGACAAAUUUCCAGGGCGGACCUAGCUCUGCCUUUGAGGACCAAGCUCUUCCCAGUUUCAGAGGUUCCGCCUCACAGAGCAGCCGACUCCCCAACUCGGCUCCUUCAGACUAGCCAGCAGCAGUUAGCAAGCAUCUGGUGGAACUACAUAUCUUCUGAGCUCAUUAUUGGUAAAAGCUUUGUUAAAGGAUUAAUAAAUGAGCCAUGUUGUGAUGACUUCCUGAAGGUGGAAGUCAUCACCUUUCACCAGGACAGGAGUUUUUAAAGAGACAAAGGCCCAAUUUCAAGGUGAUAAGUUAAAAAAGUCAAAUUUCUUUUAAGCCAUAUUUGAUAUGUACAGCAGUUUUCUAAGAACUGAAAGUAACAUAGUUACUGAGUUGUGCUAUAAAAUGGCACUGUGUCCCUGAAAAACACAUAAUACCGCCCCUUUAAAACUGUGUUUUGACUCCAUGGGGUGACAUCAACGUGUGUUAGGUUUUAUUUGGCGUCUUGGUCAGAGGAGGUUCUUCUCUUCAAACCUGUCCUGCUCUCUGAGCACCUGACCCUUUUCUUUGUCGACCCGCACAGUGCAUUCUGCCACACGGAUCUCAGAACCCUCCUGCAGUUCUGCCAACCAAUAGAAGGCUCAACGCUUCGUCUUCACAUCAGCGACGACCCCUCCCUCCCCCCCCAACACACACACACACACACACAACAAAAAGAUCAAGUAAAGAUCGCUUAACUAAGGAUUCCACAAAAAAAACUGACUGUGGUUGAAGUCAAAGGGCUACCAGAGGGUCCUUUUUGAUAAACUAGAAAAUCUAGCCUUUUUUUCACCUCAUUGUUGCCUUCAAUCUCUGCUGUUACGCUUGCUCUAUCUCACUUCAGCACAUUUCAGUGCACCUUCUUCCUCCUCCACUCCUGCCCUGCAAAGAUAAACUGCUCAUCGCCCAUCCUGCCAUUUGUGUGCAAAGAUGAUGCAGAGUCAGCCAAGCCCUUUAAAGCUGAGACUGGAGUGGAGUCGUCGUUUGGCAGCACGCUGAUGCAGUCUCCUCCUUGCAGUACGAGUGUGUCGGCGUGUUUGUUGCUCAGACCCUAGGCAACACUGAAAAGCACUUAAAGCUCCUGCAUGGGUAUUGUAUGUGUGCAUGUGCGUACAGCUGAGUGAUUUCUGAUCUGACUGGUUAGAGUUUUUAACAUUUAAAUACAUGUUUGUUUUGUUUGUUUUUGUUUGUUUUCUCCUGUUUGAAUUCAGCAAAGCAUUUCUUAAAAACCCAGGAAUGGACGAGGGUCAGUAGCCAAAGAGACGCAACAGGUUCUAGUAACAUUCACAAAGUUAGCUUCAGAUUCAGUUUCAAGCUGCAGCAAGGUAUCAACAAAUCUCCUGACAAAUUUACUUUCUGACCAUUCCAACCCACUCAGAUCUGGUGGAAAUAAAUUCAGAUGUGCAGCGACAGAGAAGUAAUGACUCACGAGAUCAAAUAUCAGUUCUCAGAUCACAUCAUAUUUAUCUAAUUUGCUCAAUCUACUAUCAUACAAGCUGCGUUUCCAUUGACCAUAAAAAAAUGCACAAAUUGAAAUUACGUAAAUAAAUUCUCUUAAUGGAAACUCAUUAAUUCUGAAAAAACAGUUUUUCGAUAAAAUGUUUUAGUAUUAGGAUGAGGUGGUUUUUCAGCCGUAUCAGAAUAGAUGUAUUUCGCAGAACUGUAAUAGAAGCAGUUUAUUCCCACCACAUAAGUCACGUGGUCAACAGCCUGAUAUUACUACUGGCUGAAAUGACAAAUAAGAUAACAGGAAGUGGUAGGAGGAUGAUGGUUUCUUUUUGUUUUUUUCCAGACAGUAUGCAGCUGGUUCCACUACAGCUCUCACAGCAUCACACAGUUCAUAAUGAGUUGUGUGUCAUUCCAGCGUGUUUAAUCCAAAGCUUUUCUGUAAACACACCAACUACAUAGUUGCAUGUAUAAGUGGUUUGCCGCUCAAACGCCUGUAUAAGACACUGGCGUCUCCUAUGAUUGGCUGAUAGAUUAGCGCUAGCGCCAUGGCUGAAUUAUGAACAUAUUUCAUGUUUACAACCCUCGUUGCCAUGGCUUAUCACAUGAAUAAACUUCAUGUGUGAUUCUAAUUUUCUAUUUAAUGGAAAUGACGGAAUGUCAAAAUUUAGGGGUUUUUUAUAUUAGCGGAAUAUAGACAAAGAUUUGCUCAUGUUUGUAAUGGAAACGCAGCUAUUUUUGCUUCUAUUGACAUGCAUGUUUCUGUCUAACAUCAAUGUUCCACAGUGUUUUUGUGUCAAUUUAGAUACGUCCCUAUGAAAAAUAAUGUAUGCAGAUUGGGCUAUAUGGUGUUCAUUACAGUGUUUCUUCUUUUCUGGCAGAUGAGGCUGCUUUUAUCUUGACAUCGUAUUUUAUUGUUUUCCAUCCCUAAGUGAUUCAUGCUGCUGGCUAACUUAAAAGUUGCUUUCAUUCAACCAAGAAGUUUGAUCUGAAUGGAAACAGGAAUGUCGAACCGCAGACCUCACCGUUCGCUUACGAUUCAGAAGGCCUCUUUAUCGCAGUUAUCAACUUACUAUGAAAGUAACAUUACACACAACCGUAUAGCUUUCUCCCCUUCACUAGUAUCUAAGAAACCAAAAUGGUUUAGAUGAAAAACUGAGCUUAAAUGUCUCAGACACAAAGAUUAAACAGAACACAUCAAAACCAUGUGUACCCCGUGCUCUGAAUGAAGGAAAUGUUAGUGGAUCUCUGCUCGUUUCUACCUACCAAACAUUUGGCAAACUCAGCUGUUUGAAUCACUAGAGAAAUCUCUGUUGGCAUUACCGCAAUCAAAUCUUAGAAUUUCUAUUCUGGUAUUAUUGACCAGUUAAUAAUAUUACUUCCAGUUAGAAGAAACAUUUUCAUUAACUGAAAAUUUUAUCUUAAGUGUAAAUCUACCAAAACCUUAACUAAUUUUGAACCUAACUCUGUCUGGGUGGUCUUUGACUGCCCCCUGUUGGUGAAGCACUUCAAAACAGUGUCACUGCAAUAUUAGACGCACCUGAAGGCCACGAAGCUGAGGAGCAUUUUUACCCUUAUGAUAGUUAUAAUGUAUCUACUUCCACAACUGAAAAACAAGGCAGGUAAACGUAGUAUGAUGAAGGUUUUCAAAUGUUUGACAGUGGUUCUCUCUAGAUCCAGACUUUAGACUAUGACUUUUUUUUUUUUUUUUUUUUUUUUUUACAAAAUAGAACUUUUUUACCAACUACAACUAGAUCAUCUUUAGUGAUCUAAAGACUGCUAUUGCCGUCCAACAGAUCUCUUCUCUUGAGAAGAGAUCUGUUGGACGGGUCCGAGAAUAUAAAAUAUGAAGAGGCUGAAUUAAUUUCGACACUGUUUUACCUCCCAACAUUGAUUUGCGUUGGGUAGAGACGGAGCAAACACAUUUCCAGGUGCAGUAACACCUUAGCUUCCCUGGAGUUCAGCCAUCGGCUGCAGCCUCUUUACAGUUUAGUGCGACUUGAGCAGUACAGAUGCAGUGAGAGUGAAUUAGAAAUAUCAAACAAACAGAAAAUGUGCCUGGAAGUCCACAUGUUCCUCCACAUUGUGUUUUUCAACCUUCCCGUGGUCUUAGCGCAACGCUCAGGAGGAGCGCGGCAGAUGACACAGUCGGACAGCGGCGAAGCUGUCAGACCGUCAGUUCCCAAAACCACACAGAAAAAAACUUGUAAAAGUGCGAAAAGCUUGUGGGGUUCAAAUGGCCCCGUCUCUUAAGACCGCGGGAGGGUUAACCUAAAGCUAGAUUUUAAGUUCUAACAUCACAAAGAGGGACGUUUGGCUCACUUUGGGUUAAAGCGCCUGAAUCCCUUCUAAUUCAGUGUGUUUGAAUGUACGUAUGCAGAUAUUCGGCUUGUGUCUUUCUGCUUGUGUGUGUGCGCGUGUGUGUGCUACUACAUCACUGCUGCUAUUGCUGUUGCUGCUACCACUGUCUUUGCUACUGCUGCUUCUCACAUCCCUUCCUCUGCCAGCCUUCCUCUGUCUUGUCCAUCCUGUCCUCCUCCACUCAUCUGAAGCUUAGGAGAGAAAGCUGCAGUGAACCCCACAGGUCCCUGGGACUCCUGGUACUUUUGGUCUUAAGCUGCAGGGAGCUGCUUCACACUCAAAUCUCUUCUAUGGUUUUCUUCUUUUCUUCCCCUUCCCGCCCUUCUUUUUUUUUCAUUUUUUUGGCUUGUUCGUACUGCGCAGUCAUAAGCUUGUAAAUGGAGGAUAAAUAAGAUAAAUUUUAUGUUUUCUACAAGGAGGUUUGCAUGUUACUAAUAUAUGAGUAAAUACGGUGCCUAAUGUUCAUGUUUGAGCAGAUCACGCCUCUGUCACACUGCUUCUCGGGAUGCAGGCAGGCGCCGUCUCCGGUCUGGCGGAGUACAGCUGAAAUGUUCACGGUCCUUCCGGAAUCAUCUAUUUCUGGGCAAUCAAAAGCUUUCUGAUCUGAAUCGGAUCCCAAAUUUCAUCUGAAAAAGUCCUUUCGGAUAUCAAUCAAGCUCUCCGCCUUGUUCUCCCCUGACAGCACCUGAAGGUAUUCCGAGCAGCACUGUAACGGGACUGGAGCAGACAUAGGAACCCACUUGCACUCAAAAAGCUCCCACCUUCGUUGUGCCUCACUUCCAACGGUGCUUUUUUCAGUAGUCUGUCUUUCUUUAUGUUUGUUUGUAAGGUGCUGUAUAUAACUUGAAUAUAUUAUGCACAUAUCCUACCCAAUGGGUAGAAACCACAAAAAAGAUGUUGUGAAUAAUGUAAUAUACUGUAUAGACAAUAUAAAAAUUUUAAGAGGGCAACAUCGAAUUUGUAAAUGCCUACAGUUAAAAAUGUGCUUUGUCUUUUUUUUUUUCCAUAAGAGAACAUGUUUUUCCAAAGUAUGCUCAGAAUAUAUGGUUGCAACACAAAUUUACAACUUCUGAUAUUUUCUUAUUAAUAAUAGGCUGUUAUGAUGUGGCUGAGCUGAGCUUCAGUAGCUUGUCGAUGGGUUUCCUCUGUCGCAGCGCCAGCCGUCACUCAGAACCCGGACACAAGGUGCCGGGUUCAUCCCGACCGACGAACAGAUGGAAUGUUCUAUCAAAAUGAUCUUUUGGUAUCACAGAUUGGACAUUAAAAAUAUGUACAAAUGUUUUAUCUAAAUCCAGAUUUACUUGCAGCAGCUCAGAAAACGUGAACAAAUGCAACCUUUGCAUUUUGGCGCAUUUAUUCAGUGGGAAAAAUGCAAGUAAAGCAAUAGUUAAUUUUUUAAGUGUACACUUUUUAAAAGUUGAUUAAAAUAUCAAAGAAUUUAUAAUUAGUAAUCCAUAACAUCCUGUUACUCUGGGGAACAAAUAAGAAGUAACAGAUCCUGUUGCUGUAGCGUCAUGGCUGGAGGAACCAUAUGGGAUAAAAAGGUUGGAUGUAGGAAAAACCUUCUGUUAGGUUUGGCAGAGGAUCUGUGAUGCUGUGGGCUUGUUUUUCUUCCUGAAGUCUGAAAAACCUCAUUAAUGUGCAAAAACAUAUUUUUUUUAUAUACAAGAAAAUCCUUUUUCUGAUUAAAAAUCUGUUGAGCUAUUAUUUAAAAAUGGGUCUUUAGUCCUAGAAGGGAUGGAUGGGACAUUUAAGACUUUUUAAAAAGACCAUUAUGAAUAGAAUUUAAGAACUAUAUCUCCAAAGACAUGUAUGAACGUUGUCCAGUCAACUGGUGAUAAAUUUACACUGACCCGUGAUGGACGCCAAAAAACUUCCUUGCUAGCUAGGAAGGGCAUGUUAGCAUGGAGUCACAGAACACAGUCAAGAUGUCGGUGUGUGACUCAAGAAAAAAAAUACAUAGAACUUACAAUUAAAGAGCCCUGCCAAGAUAAAAUUUAAGACCUGUGAUAAACAUAUUUAAGGCCAACUUACUUUUUCAAAACUAAUUUAAGGCUUUCAUUUUUAGAUACACAAAUUUAAGACUUUUUAAGGAUGCCCUAGCACUCUGUGGUGGAAAAACGCAGGUGUCCAAAGCAUUUGCAGAAGAAUAUAAAAUAUAAAGAGGCUGAGGCAGUAGAGGUUCUGUAAAAACAAAUAAAAAAUAUGAAAUUCCCCACUGAAUAAAUGUUCUGAAGUUCAUAAUUUUCAGUGCUGCAGCUAAAGCUGGAUGUAUUUGAAGUUUUGAUCUUUUAUUUUUAUUUUUUGACAUCCUUGCCAGGCGUGCCAACGAAUGAGCCAGGCUCAUCAGCCUCUGUGACGGCAGCAGUUAGGAACACUGCAGUGUGACUGGAGUUUUACUUCCUGUCAGCGGGGAGACUCGUCGUCAGGACGACGGCAAGGCAAAGCACCAAAGGAAGUUAGCUUCACAAGUUUGCACCAGCAGUAGGAAACAAGCUCCGGGUUAAAAACUAUCAGUUACUUUUACUCUACUAUUUAGUCGCUUAUUUUCUACAUAACGGCAGUAUAUGUGGCACAAUGUAUAACGGGCAUCAUGUUUAACCUGCAGCCAUUUACUUCUAAUAUGUACUAAAAAGAACUCCACUGUACAAUAACUGCAGAGCAUGUUCAUUCUUAUCUAUAGACGAUGUACAUAGCUACGCUCCAUUUUUUUUUCUUCUUCUUUUUCUUCACAGCACCAAAUAAGUGGCACUUGUGUUGUUUUGAUUUGGGGAUAAAGUUGCCUCUGCUCUCCUCCUGUUUGGAUGUUUUGUUUCCUGGAAGAGAAAAGACUGACGCUCCCUCUUCGCUCCUCUCAGCAGUCUGUACUCCAGUGCAGCAGCUGUCCGUAUCGUUCCACCUCCAGUAAUAACGCCUCAACAGUUUGUCCUGACAUUUACCAUAGGACUGCUUCCAUUAUGGGUUUUGUAACAUCAGUUUGCUUUAUUUACAAAAAUGAAUCCUUCUUGUACCCCUCCAACCCCCUCUGUGCUGAAAUCUAGAUACAUAGAUAUAUAUAGAUAUAUAUUUAUAUGGUCAUGCUUAGUAACCAUAUAUCUAUAUAUAUAAAUAUAUAUAUCUAUGCAUGUAACACAGAGGUAAAAUUGUUGUGUAUUUUUGCCUCUUUUUAUUUAAGCAAUUGUGAUGUAAUAGGUUUUAGGCCUAAGGUCUGUUAUUGCAAUACUUUUACAGAAAAGCAGAAAAAAAAGUCAAAAAAUGUCGCUCUAAGUGCUGUUGUAGUCAAAGAUUUUAUGCUUGUACUUAUGCUGUAGUCAGACUGCAGCGUAACAAAUAAAACUUUAAAAGUGA